GCCUCUACAAAGAGAUUAUCAAUUGUAAAUUGAAACUAGAACACUCUAUGACUUAAUUUUGUUGUAUACAGAACGUGUUUUAUUUAUCGUAAACACAAACUGCUGUGGGAGUUCACAUCACGCCAUACAUAAGAAUCUGGGUUUGCAGCGAGAAGUUAUUUGACAAGUUGUACAGCUUGGCUGAUCUGUACAGACUGCUAGAAGGCCUUGAAGAGAAGCCUAACGGACGGUCACAUUGAAAAUCUGACGAAUAGCUCCGCAGUCGUGAUCCAUGGAUUGUUGUGUCGCUGGGUAGCUGGAUCGCAUUUUGGGUUGUAUACCUUGGAUACCAGAGCCUCAAGAAACCGAUGCUACGGUUAUAAAUCACAUUCCUGAAACUAAAGCCCGCCGCUUAAGAGACAGAGACAAGUAGACAUUGAGCGGUCAAUGAGCCAUUCUGUAAAAAUCAAAAAUUGCGUCAAAAACGAAGGAGCUCAGUUCCCUGUGGCUUCUGCCCAGUACCCAAUUGUCCCAAGAUCUAUGCUUCACAUAUGAAAAUCUGCCAUGUGAGGACUACUCGGAAACAAAAAUCUUCAACUUUUAAAGACAACAAUCUGCCGAGACACUUACACCCGUCCGUCUCCUUGCUCAUUUCCUGAAUUUUUAGAAACAGUUAGAACUCUCGGAAUUACAAACGAAAUGAGCAGUAGACAGUAAAGGCUUGGGCUCACGAAGGCUUUUGGAAUGUUACGCGUAUGUGUUGUAGGAAGUGGAGGAGUUGGGAAAAGUUGUGUCACUCUUAGAUUUUUAAAAGAUGAAUUCACAGAGUAUUACGAUCCAACGAUGGAGGAAACAUACCAGACUGAGAUGAUUUAUUCUGGCAGAAGUCACGAAGUUGAGAUAGUCGAUACUGCAGGGCAAGAGGAAUUCACAUCGUUUCUAGAUUCAUCGUUGGCAACUGGGGAUGCCUUUAUGAUUCUUUAUGCUAUUAAUUCGUUAUCAAGCUGGAAUGAGCUAAAAACGCUGCGAUCUAAAAUAAAUCAGGAGACAGAAUCUUUAGGGAACAGGAAAGUCCCCAUCAUAGUUGUGGGCAACAAAAGGGACUUAGAAGAUGAAAGAAUUUCCCUACCAGAUGACCCUGAAGAAUAUGCAGCGUCUAUUGAUGUUCCUUACAUUGAAACAUCUGCAAAGACUGGGUUUAAUGUGAAAGAGGCCUUCCAGCUGAUGUUACGUCAAGUAGAGGCUGUACAGCCUGAUCUGCUGUUGCGGAAAAAGCCAAGCACAAGGGACAGAAAACAAAAGGAUUGUGUCCUUCUUUAGACCAUUUUGAAAUUUUGCAAGGGAGACACACGGUAGUUUCAGCAUGAAUCACGUGAAAUCGUCUGAACGCAUCAAACAUAAAUUAAGUUUGGUUAGGAAGAUAAUUUUUUCAUGUUACUCUUUUUGUAUUGAUGUCGAAUCAUGGGGCCAAGACCGAUAUUAUGGAUAGUGUGAAAGUUGUCUGUCCACUUGAUAACAGAACACUAAACUAAUCCGUUUAUUUUUAUCAUUACUUUGUCAAGAACCUAUAUAGUUUCAACUCUUAAGACCAACUCUGAUAAUUAGUUGAAAGAAUGAAUGGUAUCCGCCCUCAUUAUUUAGGUUUACUACAGGGACGCCGGCUUUACUGAAUCUGAAAAAUUUCAGUAUUCUGUCUUUGAAGGUUUUAUUACAUUUGUAAACGUACCUUCAAACUACACCCUUUAGACUAGACUACAUCAAUUCAGACUUUGCUAAAAUAUACUGCAAGAUGUAAAUUUAUUGUCUACAAUUAGUUUUUUGAAUCACCUCGCAGUAUGUUUUUGUUACUUCACUUUUCAUUGUUAGGAAAUACAUUACUGUAUUUUUCUUGUUAAAUUUGAUGUUUCACCAAUGUUAAUUAGCUUUAAGCAGUCUAGAAUUACAAUCGUUCUCUCGUUUGAUAUUACUGAAUGAGUUAAUUUUCUAGUUUAUUCAGUUUUAUUCCAA